AUGCUACUUGAGCAGCGCGAAUUGCAGCAGUGGCACAAUGCAUUUCUGAAAGACUGUCCUUCGGGUACCUUGGAUAAGGAUGAGUUUCAGAAGCUCUACAGACAGUUGUUUCCGCUGGGCGAUCCAAGUGUGUUCUCUCGGCACGUGUUUCGGAUCAUCGAUGAGGACAACGAUGGCUUCAUCAGUUUCAAGGAGUUCAUGAUCGCCCUGUCUAUUGCAUCGCGAGGGAAUGUGGAGGAGAAGUUGGAAUGGGCCUUCCGUUUGUAUGAUAUUGACAACGAUGGAGCUAUCUCGCGCAGUGAGAUGUACCGCGUCAUGCUGUCGAUUUACCAGAUGAUCGGAGAACUAGUACACUUUCCAGAUAACGAGAACACCCCUGAGAAGCGCAUUGACCGCAUCUUCGAACUAUUAGAUGAGAAUCAGGAUGGACUUCUGACCCUGGAAGAGUUUAUGAAAGGUUCCGAGAAGGAUCCCAACAUAGUGAGAGCGCUAGGUCUCUAUGAUGGGUUGGUCUGAGUACUGUGAGACACACAACUCAUAGUUCCUUCAAAGUCAGCUCUCCGUAUUCACUGAUCUCUCUUGAAAUUACGGGAGGGUCAAGAAACACAGGGUGCACAUAUACCUACCGCUUGCACACAACAUACACACGCGUAUGAUGUCCCAGUCAAUCACAGAGACACCUUUUGAGCUUACAGCACAUUGUCAGUUGCUCUGCGCUUCUAGAUUCUAUCCGCAGCCCACGCCGUUCUUGACAAUUCCUCCGAGUUUAUGUAUGGAGAGGUUUACGGGUAACAACCCUACACCAAGUAAGAUAGUGAGUGGGCGCUAUGGCAACCAUUUUCAAUUUUAUCCUGACUGAUCUCAUAUCGCAUCAAGCCAAUACCACGAGGCAUAGCCACAUCUCUCGCUAUAUCAUGGGUCAACCUGUGAUAACUUACUGUGACUCUGCAUGACGAGAAUUACAAUCAAGCCAAGGUGGCGGGGUUGAUCAACUGCGUCGAGUUUGCUUGUCACUGCCGUUAUAGUCAAACCAGAGCUUCAGAAGUGGGGGGGGUAAGGCAGUUCUAUAUACUCCGACCAGCGUUUGUAUUUAGCACUCAUUAUAUGCAUAUUUGACAGUGGAACCUGCGUUUUUAAACCAGUCACAAAAACAUCUAAACUGAGACAGCUUUCGGGAUCGAGCUGGUGCUCCAACGCUUGCCUCAACAGUUAGGCGUCCUAUAUAUUAUUCUAAAUCAAUAUCUAUGCAAAAUCUCAGGGGUGAUGUCCGCAUGUCCACAUUCUGGUAUAAUGAAAUGGUGGGCUCUGUUACGAAUAGCGGCGUGAUGAAAUCGCGCGUCUAAAUCAUUUCUGGAUAAUAUUGUUCGAUCUUGGUGCUCAAUUACCUUAUCAAAGGUCCUGGCUACUCACCUGUACCUGUUACGGAGAAGAAGCGGAUAAUACAUGCGCAUUGGGAGUUUUAUUUCUAAAUGCAGUAGGCAUGUUUUAUUAAAAAUCUUACUGAAACAUAUCUGGUGAUAAACAUGAUGCCCUGGUAAACAUGUAGGAUACACGCACAGGUGCAAUAAACCCUAAAUAUUUGGC